UGCCCGUUCCUCUCUAUGCCUGUCAGUCGCUCUCUGCGUAACACUGCGCCCCCAGCGGCGCCCGAAGCCCCGCCUCCGGGACGGCCUGAACGUCACUUCCGCAUCCGGCAGGAGGCUCCAUGGUGCGGCCCUGCCAUGAGCCUCGUCCGGCGGCCGGAGUGGGGGGAGGCGGCGGGGGGCGCCGCUCACUCGCUGGGUGCUAGUGAUGCAUCUCCAGAUGAAGGAGUAGUAGAAGAUCUGCCUUUAAUAGAUGAGAAAGCUGUGGAGCAGCUCACUGAAGGAUUGAUUUCUCAUUAUCUGCCUGAUCUUCAGCGAUCAAAGUCAGCGCUACAGGAACUUACACAGAACCAAGUGGUAUUACUAGACACAUUAGAACAAGAGAUUUCAAAAUUCAAGGAAUGUAACUCCAUUCUUGAUAUCGAUGCUUUGUUUUCAGAAGCUAAACACUAUCACAACAAGUUAGUGAAUAUUAGAAAUGAAAUGAUGAUGCUCCAUGAAAAGACGUCAAAGUUAAAAAAAAGAGCGCUUAAGCUGCAACAAAAGAGGCAGAAGGAAGAACUUGAACGAGAACAGCAACGUGAGAAGGAACUUGAGAGAGAGAAGCAGUUAAUGGCAAAACCUGCUAGGAGGACAUGAAAGCAGAGCAUGCAACAACUUGUCUGAAUGAAUCUUUUCUGCAUUGUCUGGAACUAAAGCAGACUGCUUAAACUGGGCUGUAGCAGCUACUAGCAACAGCCUCCCCUAUGAUAUUAGAAUUUCCAGAAUGGUAAUUAUAGGGUUGGUAACAUCCGAAUUUUUUCAUUUCAGCCACUCAAGUUGCCUUCUUUUAUAAUGCUAUGCAGUUUGAUAUUAUUAUAAUAUAACUUAAUUUUUUUAAUAUAUAUGUAUAUAGGAGAAUGUAGGCAUCACAGUUUGAAAUACCCAUCUUGGUUUUUUUCAUCUGUUGUUCUGGUGUUUAGAAUUCUGAGAGAUAUUUGGUGACUGGCAUAGGUGUUUUUCAGACAAAAUACAGAAUACUAAUUAAAGUUCAGCUCUCAUCCCCAGACUACAGUGGCCGCCUGUUCCACUGAAACUGCUUUGAUUCAGGUAGUUGAGAGAUCUUUUUGAUGUCCUGGCUCAUAAAUACUGACUUUUUGUGCUGCCUUAGUUUGGUCCAUCUCUACUGAACUGAAGAAACUUCCAGUGUAUUUGCCUGAAAGCUCACUUUAUUGCAGCAGACUUUAUUUUUUAUCACAAAAUAACUUAAGAACAAAUUCAAAGUAACUUUUGAAUAGUUUCCCAGCUGAAUUGGUUGGUGGGGAAGGAAGCGGAACCCUGAAGAUUCUCAAAAUUGAUCUGUGCACAAUGCGAAGAUGAAUGAAUUUAUGAUUCUACAAGCAUUUGAGUCAAACCAGGGAACUCUUCCUUCUGUAAUGGUUCAACGGGAACGACUGUGUGGUCUACGCAAGUUUCUGUAGGAUUAGAAGUUAUGGUUUCUUUAUUUUGCGUGACAAAAUAAAAUGCAACCAAAACUAAAUAAUUUCUUUCACGUGAAAUUCAGUUACCUGUAGGAAAAACUACUGCAUUUAUUUUUUUUAUUUAAAGAACUAUUAAUUUGCACUGUUGGGCUGCACAAGAGAAUUUUUGUUAUGCUGUCCUCACCCAAAUUGAUGAUUGUUAGUGUGUACUGAUGAUAAACGUGGAAUAGAGGUUGAUACUCAUUUCUCUGAAUGUAGUUGUUGUCUGGUAGCACUUGGUGCGUGUUGUCUAGACUGGUUAAAGAGCUUUAAACAAUUUGUUCCCACAGUCUAACAAACUGGUUAUUUUAGACCUGUCAAAUUUUUUAAGUAGUAGUGUAAAUGGCGUUUUUUGAACUAAGAGGAAGAGUGAGCUAUGUAAAGUUUUCCUUAAAGUAUGUGUGGUACAUUAUCAGAGGAGCACAGUCAAUGUUUCUUUUAUUUCCUUUUUGAUGAUUUACACAGGGUACAUCUGCCUGGACUCCCCUGCAUUACAAUCUUCUGAACUCCUAACUUCCUAAUUUCCUAAUUUGUUUUGUUUUUCUGUGAAGGAUGUGCUCUAAUGUGUCACCCAAGUGCAAGUUAAACUGGGAUAAUGCUCUGGAACCAGGAGCACAAAAUACUUAAGGUAGUCUGAAGAGACACUGAAAUGCUGUUACUGAAGCAGUAAUAGAUUCAAACUUUCCACAGGUAUUUUUCCUUUUAGUGACUUGUGUCUGCUCAUUGCCAGUGGCUUGUUGACCUGUGCUUGUGGUUUGUAUGUAUUUCUAAGAGAAAUGUAAAGAAUUUCCACAGUCCAUUUUUGGAGCAAAAUGUACAUAACAAAAUAUUGUUUAAAUAUUGUGUUUUGUAAUGUAAUUUCAAAAUAAAUUUCUGGGAAUUGAAAAAGUUCUUAUUAAAGUAUGACACGGUACUGGAUGCCUCGGUAUCCACAUUGGGAUUAAAUUUCUGUGGUAUUUCUUGAUUUGUGUUCCCUCAUCUAGAAUCCAGUUUAGUGUUUGAAGUUGUGGUCUCUUUCUGUGAAUAACUGUGGGUUUUUUCAAAGAACUGCAGGAUAAGGAGGUAGUUUAAUUUAAAAAAUCGUGUAAUUUUACUGUAAAUACAGAAUUUAAGCAUAUAAAUUGCUGCUUUUGCUGUUGCAUAUUUCAGAAUUCCUUUGGAAUAAUUUCUGGUCAAAAGAACCAAAGCUUGCAGUGGUUGUCUGAGGAAUCCCAUACACAUCUGUAAAAAUGUAAUUGAUAACAUUUCUCAUUAACUUGUAGUAAAAUCUAGAUUUUGUAUGAAUAGGAACUAAAUUUAAUAGAUGGCCUUUCUGUACUAAAGUGGGUGGGGUGAAUUAGUGUAUAUAAGGAGGAGUUUGGUCCAUUAACAUUACUUUUUAUUAAUCUCAAAUUAUUUCAGUUAAAAUUACUACCUUUAUAGGAUCUUUUUCUUCUGAAUGCUGCUCUUGUGUCAAUGCAUAAAAAGUAAAUGCUACACCGGAUUAAUUGAAUGGUACUGGCAUUUAAACUUGUAUGCUUGUGUUAAUAUGCAUAGCUAGAGGAGUAAAUCUCUUGCUGUAUUCGUUUAGUCUUGCUUGAUAUUAUAAAAAAUGACUUAUUCAAGUCGAUGAAUGUGGUAGUGAUAGACAUUUUGUUACUGAUUUUUAUUCUAUCCACAAGAGGAGGUGCAGCUAGCUGCAUUUUUUUUCAGAAACAGAUAAAAUGACAGCUUGAAAACAGUCCCUUGGUACUGUUCCUUUCAUUUUCUGUAUGCUUAAUUUUUUUUAACCUACCAAGUCAUAGCAGCAGAAGACAGGUAACUGUGCAGUAACUCUCUGAAUUUUUAUUUUGUAAGACUACAAAUCUAGGAAUUGCUGUUGCUGACUGGGGAAUCUUGGUUUCUCUUGCUUUUAUCUUUGCUGUUGUUAACCUGGAUGUUUCAUCUGCGUUCCCCCAUCUGUAGAGCUUUAUGUAAGCCAAUAUUCAAUUUGGUGAAAUCUGGGUUUUUCAGUGAUAGUGGUGGCUUUGCCAUGUUCAUAAGACAAAUAUUUCUUGGAAAAUGGCUACAGCAUAUUUAUCUGGUUUUAUUCUGUGUGCUGUGACCUAAGCGAUAAUAGCAUAAAUAAUAAAAUCAUAAAGUUUGUUUCUGUAGCUGUUUUGUCAGGCUUCUAGCAUCUGAGGGAGUUCUCUGGCUCAUUUAUUCUGAAUUAUGCUUUAGUAGACACCUUCUGCCACCUACUGCUUGUUUUGCAACACUGCUCACUGUUCUUUAUUUUAAUUCUCAGUGUGACACUUUCAUGCCUCACUUCGCAGGGCUCAAUUUGGUUUUGAACAUCAUUAACUCUAAUUGGUUAUUUGAUCUUUGUUGGAUUAGUUGUGUUAAUCCAACUAAAAUUACUGCUAGAAACUUUGCAGGACUUGGUGGUGUAAGUCUGUGAGAGUACAAAUUAUGCCAGCAUAAAUAUUAAUAUGGCUAUUCAUGCUAGGCAAAACAGUAUGCAAUAAGUUUCUUAGUAAGGCAGCAUGUGAAGGUAGCAAAGAUGAUUGUAUUUAUUUAUUUCUUAAUAUUUUUAUUUUUAAAUCAAAGUGUAAACUUAAAUUGAAGUAUACAAUUGGAUUUGGCAAAAAUAUCACUGCUUUCCAGUAACUUGAAAUACAUUUAGUUUACUUUUCUCAGUCCUUAGCAAAGUGAUUUGUAGAAAAAUAGGCACCGAAACUGGACAGUUGCAUCGCCACCACCACUGUAGUAUUUCUUCAAACCAGUCCUUUGUGAUACCAGCACAGCCAAGAGCUCUUGUGAUGUGACAAAUUUAGUUUUCUCAAAUGUUCUCUAUGUAGGUGAUUGAACUAAAACUGAUGGAAAGAAGGGCUCUAUUAUUGGUACCUGAUGGUGUCACAACAGUGCGAGGGGUUAGGAAUUCUAACCAUUUUCCCUCAGGCUCUAACUGUUGGGAACCACAGAUCUGGGAAAUUAUCACUACUCAAGUCCAUAAUAUAAGUGUUGUUUGUGGGGUGUCAUGUAGCUUUAAAGCACAGAUGUUGGCCAUACCUGAUAACUCAGUAUUUCCUUCUUGGUUUUGCUCCUAUCUAUCCGUUUAUCUCCAUGAUGUCAAGCCAUGGUGUUUAAGAAAAAAAAUGGCAAACAGAAAAGUUACAACAAAUGUAUUCAACUUUUACAAACUUGCAACUUAAUGAAGCAAAUAAUUUAAAGCUUGAUCAAGAAUAAUUUCAAAAUUUGUACACAUGCAAAGGCAAGAGCCUCUAAAGCAGCAGUUUACAGAAGUAAUUAAGUUUUCACACUGAGAUGUAAGACAAAAGGUAAGACUGACUGAUUUAGUUUCAUGUAUUGGUCAGCAAACCACUCUACCUGUAAAUUGGCAAUAGAGUUUAUUGCCUUGAUGAGCAAAAUUUUUCUUUGGUCACCUGGGACUCAUCUAA